AUGUCUGCGACGGCAACCGACCCUUCGGUUGCGCCAAUCGCGGAACCCGAGAGACCAAAGUCUCUUGCGACUGCACAGAUUGCCCAAGAGAAGGAAGAGUCGCGGAGAGCCGCUGCCCAAGCCAGAGGCAUUGCGUCAAAGGUCGCGAGGCAUUCUGACGGCCCGAUAAUAACCCCAGUCAAAAAAAUUUGGCCGCCUCCAUACUAUUUUGAAGACGACCUACGACGAGUACGGCCAUAUCACUGGACAUAUAAUACAUACUGCAAGGAGAGAUGGCGUGGAAGAUCCUUGAUCGAGAUAUUCGAAUCCGAGUUUCGCGACCGACCCGCCGAGUAUUACAGGACCUCCAUGGAGACAGGAGACAUCUUUGUGAAUGGGACCAGGGUCGGACCUGACUACAUUCUUCGAAAUGGUGACUUGAUCUCACACACCUUGCACCGACACGAACCCCCAGUCACGUCGGAUCCUGUUGGCAUCAUCCACGAGGACGAAGACAUGAUUGUCAUCAAUAAGCCCUCCGGAGUACCCGUACACCCCGCGGGCCGAUACAAGUUCAAUUCAGUAUUGGAAAUUAUGAAGGCUGAGCGAGGGCCAGAGUUCAUGCCAUAUCCGUGCAACAGGCUGGAUCGGCUGACCAGCGGCAUCAUGUUUGUCGCAAAGAGCGUCAAGGCUGCGGAGGCAUUGGGCAAUCAGAUCAAGUCACGGACAGUGAGGAAGGAAUACAUGGCCCGCGUCGUGGGGGAGUUUCCAGAGGGAGAGAUUGUUUGUGACCAGCCCAUCCUAUCAAUAUCACCUAAACUCGGCCUCAACCGUGUUCGGGCUGAAGGCAAAGCGGCACGGACGGUAUUCAAGCGUUUGGCAUACUACCCCCCAAGAGCCCAUGCAGAGGCAAACGGCCAACAGGGAGGAGUCCCAGAGCCUACAGACAAAGAACUCAGCAGGCUGCCCGCGGAGGAAGGCGACGAGUCCAACGGCAAGCCUUGGAUAAACAAGCGAGGAUACUCUAUUGUCCGAUGCCUUCCGGUGACGGGGAGGACGCAUCAGAUUCGAGUGCACCUACAGUACCUGGGACACCCCAUCCAAAACGACCCGAUAUACGCAAACCAAAGAGUAUGGGGCUUCAACCUAGGCCGGAACGAUGCCGAUGGCACUGUCAGCACGGACGAGGACGUCAUCAGCAGAUUGUCGCGUAUGGGCAAGGAGGAAGUGGCACAAGCGGUGGUUUACCACGACGAAAUGCUGGACAAGUAUGAGAAGAAGCGGGCGGAAAAGAUGACUGGCGAAGUAUGUGACAUAUGUGCCACGCCGUUAUACUCUGAUCCAGGAAUGCACGAACUGUCACUGUGGCUUCACAGCUUGCGGUACGAAGAUGCUGGUGGAGCCUGGUCAUACAAGAGCCCUCUACCAAAAUGGGCUCUUCCUCCAGAAGGCAUGGCCGGACCUACAACUGUCGGCGGCCUGGAUGAAUUGGUAGAAGCCGUGAAGAAUGAUAAUCCGGAACUUCAGGGGAUGACUGGCACGGAAAUGGAAAGGAAAUAG